UACACUCAGUUUUGGCAAGAUUAUAAUUUCAUGGCAUACCAUAGCAAUCCAUCAGAUUUCUUAAAACUUAAUUUCUUAGUUAAAUAUUAAUGAUAAAAAAAUGACAACAAACAACUGAUAAAGGUCCAAGGGAUCGCUCAAGGGAGAAGAGUGGCAGGCGGUGAGAGGUUGUAAAACUCUGAUCUGCUUACAUUUAUUUAUUAAUACGAGUAUAGUCUAUCUUUAUUUAUUUUCUAUGUCAGUUCAUUCUUGCGUUAAUCCUGUUCUCACACCACGUGGGUCCCUCAAGCCACGUGCUUACUUUCCAAACGCAAUAAGAGCUAUUCUUCAUCGGGAAUGGGAGAAUAGCAAAAAAAUAUCUGGCACACACGUUAAUACUUAUUUAUUUACGUACUAAUUGCAAGUUUUUGUCGCUUUUGGUUAGCAAAGGUAAUGUACGUUGCUUGGCAACCAUGCGAUAAGUGGGACAUUUCCCACUCACCGAAGUGAGUGGGAAAAUGAGUGAAGAUAUAAUGGAGGGGGUUACAGGAAGUUGACGAAGAUAGGAAACUACAUUUUCCAUUACUAAACAAUGAAAAAUCAAUUUGUUAUGAAUAAAAGGAGGUGGAACGUGACCGGAGUUCGAACCGGGAUCUGACAAUCCAGAAGGACAAGCUUUAGCUGACUGUUGGACUAUAUUGCCCCUCACGACCCCACCAAAUUUACCUCGUGUUUGAGCAUCAUGCUGUAUAACAAAGGGAAUGUACUGGACGAAAUAUGAUCAAUAGUGUUUUUUGGUGCUGACAAUGACUAUAGAGGCGCUGGAGGCGAUAAUCUAAGACGAUGGUGAUUGGUGUCAUUUGUCAUAACGCACUGCCGCGGUGACCGAGCAAUCAAGAUCGACCAAAUUGCUUGAGUUCUGGUGAUCGUCAUGGCUUGAGUGAUGUAGCGAAAUGGACCCCCUUAAAUAUUUAAUUAAGAGCCUUGUCGCGGGUUUGUUCCUCUGCCGUUUUCUUUCAUCGCUCAGCCCUUUAAAUUGUUUUCUCAGUGGAUUGUGUCAGGAACACAUCUUAAUUUUUUCAGAGACCUAAAAUGGAACUUCUGCUACAUUUUCUCAGGUUUGAGUGACAUAAUCUCUGCGAUGGUGGGGACACUGGCUUCACGUACCAUCGAUGUGAAGCUACUUGCGAAACCAGCAUCGCGGCGAGGGUUUCCGGUAGCGGCGGGGCUACCGGCGGUAUGUGGCGCGAUGAAUAAUGAGUGGAGUACAAAUGUCUGGGGCGAACGCGUGAUAUAGCGUAACACACGCACACACACACACACACACACACACACACACACACACACACACACAUACACACUGCUAUUACCUCCCAAGUGAACAAAAACAUGUUAACGAGAGAGAGAGAGAGAGAGAGAGAGAGAGAGAGAGAGAGAGAGAGAGAGAGAGAGAGAGAGAGAGAGAGAGAGAGAGAACUGGGAACAAGGCUAGAAGUAGUAACGAUACCGGCGAUUAAUGGUACGAUCAUCCUACAAUGUUGGUGGUUGUGGUUAUUUAUGCUGGUGUACGGUACAUAAUCAUGGUGAAUAGUGAGCAUAAGUGUUGUGCUCGUAGUGGUGGUAAUGAUGGUGAUGGUGGCGGCGGUGGUAGUGGUGGUAAUGGAGGUGGCAGCAGCUUGGUGGUGGUUUUUAGUCUGUACAUGCGCAAAGUAGGAGAAGAGUUUUGACCAGUGUCACGCAGGUCACUUACUACUGGCGGUGUCUCCCUGCCUGACGCCACCCCCUUGCGUUGGGCCACACCUGGCUGCCGUGGGGGCGAGGCGUUCGGUGAGGGGACUGGUUAGUCAAGAGUGACACCAUUCAUAGCGCCUCUGUGACGCGUCAGACCCAACAACUCUGCAUCCCGGCAACCUGUGGAAGGGUAGUGCUAGAGCUAUUACCGUGAAGUCUCUCUUUCGAUUGUAGAGGCCACAGCUUCUCACUACACGCGACAGGGACAGUUCCAUUCCCAGUAUUCCACUGCAGACAACAGUGAAAAGACGAAAUGUUGGCCGUGGUUGUAGUGGCGGCAGUGUGGACGCUCCCCUGCAUCUUGGCGUGGAGGCCUUCUGUUCACUACUUCCCAACCAAUGCUUGGGGCGUCCACCUGUUGGCGCCUGGCAGGACUCUCAACCCUCAGGAUGCCUACACCAACCUCACCGUCAGAAGUGUUUGCAGCUGUAAGUUGUCCUGUAAAGACGAUGAUCGGUGCGUGGCGGCGAGUACCAGCGGCAGCGGCGGCAGGGAGCUCUCCUGCCUCCUGUCCAAUAAGGGACCAACGGAGACCACGGUGUCGAGCGGAAAUGAAACCAAUUACUUUUACUGGUUCGACUCCUUGCCCGCCACUGAUUUCGGGGUGAAGGAGGAUGGACUGCUGUACCUCGUGGGAAAGGUUAAUGUGAACUUUACCGACGCCAGGAUAUGGUGCAGCAAAAUUCCUGGGUACCGCCUGGCCAUUUUCAAGAGGUCCAUCCAGUUCUCCAUGGCAGUGCAGAUUGGGAAGGCCUCAGGCAAACAACUGUGGCUGGACUUGGAGGUGACGAGAAGCUCCUCUCUGAUCUGGGGCGACGGAACGAAUUUCGACGACACACCAUUCUCCCAUGCAGCGAAAAAGCUCGUUAACAAUGGCGGCAGGCAGCUCUCGGCCAUGAGAGUGAGAGGGGCGAAUCUGGACGACAGGUAUCGGCAAAACCUCUGUCAUCCUUUGUGUCAGGCUAACCCAAGCGGCAUCAUUUGGUAAGGUCUUGGCAAUCAAUCUCACCAUCGGUUUUCUUUUUUUUCUAUCAGUAUUGUUUUGAGUUACAGGACCACACUCUAACACUUCGACUCCUUAUCUCACUUAGUACUUGAAGUAGGCCAUAGGG